AGACAGCAGCUGGCUACACGAGCUCUUAGCUGGUAGCGUGGAGAGUUGAAACCAGAGACACAGCGAGGAGGUCGCUGUAGUAGUUUGAUUUUUUCUUCUAAAGUCACAGAAAACUCGCAGGGGGACAUACUCAGCGUGUGUAGUUUACAUGGUGACUGCCUACACACUCCGAGGUAACUACUCGUGGAUAUGAAACACUCGAUCGGAUCGGAAGGCAACAUUUAGCUCGCUGACUUCUGCAUGGUCGCUGGCUAGCUAACGGUUAGCUUCAGGAGCUACUUGGCUAGCUGGCUAUCGAGGUCCAGCCCAAAAGUUGUUUACCCCAAGUUGUGGAUGUGGUCUCCCCCCCUGAGCUUUUCACGAAUUUUCCCUGGGAUAAGAGAGUAAGGACCAAAUAGUCACACUGGAUUUAAAACUGUGCGCUGUUAGGAAACUAGCAGGAUGUCCACAGAGGUUGAGUGUAGUCAGGUUGGCUCGGGUUUGACAGCGACCAGCUCCGGUGGAGCGGAGGAGAAGAACCAAAACAAGUCCGAGGGGGCUCAAGAACAAGAAGAAAAGCCGCAGAAAGGCUCGGGAAAGCAGCUAGCAGACGACCACAGCUGCUCCGAGGCAGCGAAGAGCCCGACGGACACGCACAAGAAAUGCAAAGAAAACGAUAAAGAAAAUGACCAAAGCAGCAAUGCUGACUCGGCUGUCGAGGCGGUGAAGAGGAAAGUUGUUGAAGCUCCUCCGCCGAAAGUCAACCCCUGGACCAAGAGGACCACGGGCAGGGUGCCGAGCAACAAUAUCAACUCCAGCUCCCAAGAGAAAGAUCAACAAAACGCUCUGAAAGUCGUCCGUGCCAGCAAGCCCAGAACGAGAAAAUCCAGCAAGUCAAGUGACUUCAGCGAUAUCACUAACUGGCCCACACCUGGUGAACUGGCCAAAGAGCAGCAACAAAAUGUCCUCAACAACAACGGGAAGAAGCCUCCCUCCUCACGCAGAGAGAAGGAGAAGAAGAGGGAUGGCAUGGAGAGAAAGUCUGAGAACAGCCAUGACGGCGGGGAGAGCAAAGAGAACCAGGAGGCCCAGCUGGACCUGCUUGGAGAGGUGCCCAAAGAACCAGAAUCCAAGGCGGGAGCGGACACCAAGAGCGCCGGCCUGAAGAAGAGGGGAGGUGAGGGUAACAAACGUAAGUGGGUUUCUCUGCCGCUGGAGGAAGGGUCCCGGGACGACGGCGACAAGACGCCCGGUGGGGGUCCGGCACGCUCGGACACAGAGCCCACCAGCGACUCAGCCGACCCCACGUCGCCCAAUCACACGCUCCAUAAUAACAGGGCGCAUGAUAGCAGCAGGAGUUGGAGAAGAGAGCCGCGGGACUUUGGGGACGAGCCCGCCAGCGUCCGAAGUGACAACGCGAGCGUUCACGGAGAAAUCCGAGGCCGAGGGAAAGGUCGAGGGCGCGGCAGAGGUCGCGGACGGGGCCGCUAUGAAUACUCUCAGAGCUUCCGGGACUCUCAGUCGUCUGACGGCUCGGUUCGGGCCCCCUCCGAGUUCGGCAGCAACAUGGUUUACUACUACGACGACGGCAGCAAGGUCCAGAUGUACACAGUGGAUGAGAAGCUUCUUAAAGAGUACAUCAAACGCCAAAUUGAAUACUACUUCAGCCUCCACAACCUGGAGCGAGACUUCUUCCUGAGGAGAAAGAUGGACACGCAGGGCUUCCUCCCCAUCUCCCUCAUCGCCAGCUUCCACAGAGUGCAGGCCCUCACCAUGGAUGUCAGCCUCAUCAUGGAGGCCCUGAAGAGCAGCAAAGAGGUGGAGCUGGUGGACGACAAAGUUCGCUGUAAAAUCGAGCCGGAGCGCUGGCCCAUCCCAGCCCCCAGCGUCGUGGGUUCCCCUCGGACCGACUUCUCCCAGCUCAUCAACUGUCCCGAGUUCGUUCCUCGACAGACCCUCAACUCCACAAACUCCGCUUCAUCGCCUGUGAAGAAGACUCCUGAGUCUGCGGAGCCUCAGCACUCCGCUGAGCCCAGUUCCUCCAGCCAGGAGUCCCUCCCAGCCGAAGACGCCCCCAAGCCUGACCCCGACGCCUGGAUCCAGGUGGAGAAACGCCACCGUCAGCCCUCCGGAAAGCAUGUCACUGAUGAUGUGUGUGUUGUCGGCUCUACUCCUCCCACAGCGCUCCAAACCGGCCUCCUUCCCUCUGCAGAGCGCAGCGAGGCUCCGCCGCGCAGCCACCAGGCCCGUCCGCACGCCCUGCCGGACCAGGAGGAGCUGGACUUCCUGUUCGACGAGGAAAUGGAGCAGAUGGCGCCCAGGAAGAACCGCUUCACCGACUGGUCGGACGAGGACGACUCGGACGACGAGCUGGACGACCAGGACGUCAACAAGAUCCUCAUUGUCACCCAGACCCCCCCGUAUAUCCGCAAGCACCCCGGCGGCGACCGGACAGGCAACCACGAGUCCCGUGCCAAGCUCACUACCGACCUGGCCAAAGCCAUCAACGACGGGCUCUUCUACUACGAACAGGACCUGUGGAAGGGAGACGAACCCUUUGAGUGUACCAAGCAGGAAGUGGAGGGCUUCAAGAAGAUCAACGUCAUCAGUAAAGACGAGUUUGACACGCUCACCCCCAAAGUGCCCGUUGACCCCAACCAGGAAGUCCCGCCUCCUCUCAUGCCAGGUGUGGUGUCCGUCGACAGCGGCGCCGAGUUGGCCCACUCUCUGCCCACGUCGGUCCCGGAGUCGCCCGUCGCUCACCAACCCCGAACGCCCAGGACGCCUCGCACCCCCGGGCGCCAGGACCCCAACAAGACGCCCCGCUUCUACCCCGUCAUGAAGGAGAGCGGCACCAUCGACAGACAGACGCCGAGGAAGAAGAAGACCCGCCACAGUUCGAACCCCCCUCAGGAAGCCCACAUCGGCUGGGUGAUGGACUCCCGUGAACACCGGCCGCGCUCUGCGUCCAUCAGCAGCUCCAACGCCUCUCCAUCAGAAGGCGCUCCGCUGGCGGGGAGCUACGGCUGCACCCCCCAGUCCCUGCCGAAAUUCUGGCAUCCAUCCCACGAGCUGCUGAGGGACAACGGCUUCACCCAGCAGGGAUACCACAAGUACCUCCGGCGGUGCAUUAACGAGAGGAAACGGUUGGGGAUCGGCCAGUCUCAGGAGAUGAACACUCUGUUCAGGUUCUGGUCCUUCUUCCUGAGGGACAACUUCAACAGGAAGAUGUACGAGGAGUUUAAACUACGUGCGCUGGAGGACGCCAAAGAGAACUACAGGUACGGACUGGAGUGUCUCUUCAGAUACUACAGCUACGGUUUGGAGAAGAGAUUCAGGUUGGAUCUGUUCAAGGACUUUCAAGAAGAGACCCUCAGGGACUUUGAGAGAGGUCAGCUGUAUGGACUGGAGAAGUUCUGGGCCUUCCUAAAAUACUCUAAGAUAAAGAACCAGCCCAUCGACCCAAAGCUGAAGGAACACCUCUCCCAGUUCAAGAACCUGGAGGACUUCAGGGUGGUGCCCCCGAUGGGAGAGGAGGGAGGCAGGAGGAGACGUCUCUCGUCCUCGGCAGGGGAUGAGGGGAGGCGUCGGCGACAUCCUUCCAACACUACCUCAAAGCCCACGCAGGCCUCCAAACCCUCCGCCUCCACCGCUGCCGCCGCACACAACACAGCCAAAGAUAACGGCCAGAAAACAGCCACCGCUCAGGGGAAGAAGCCCGGGUCUGGAGCCGGGAAGAAGGAAAGCGCUGCGCCAAAUAAAUGAAGCUCGCUCCUGUAGGCGCGAGUCUGGAUAGAAGAGAGAGAGAGAGAGAGAGCGAGAGAGCGAGAGAGCGAAGCGGCGGCGGCUGCAGCUCUGAGAUCCGCGUUGGUUCUUUUCAACGGCAAACCGUUUUGGGUAUGAGGGAUUGAGCGUGGUUGACUUAAUUUGAUUGUUUUUAUCUGUGCAUUUCAUUUUAAAGCAAGCAAGCAAGCAUAGGCAGUGACAGCUCAUAACGUUUACAAAAAAAAAAGCAAAAAAAUGCAUUCCCUGCAUUUUGCCUUUUUAUUCUCUCCGAUGCCAAAACUGAUCCCAACCUGUAAAGAGCUCUGGCCUGUAUGGAGCUCUCAGCCUGUUGAACUGUGAUUCUAGUUUGCCAAGAUAAGAGAUAAAGCAGAUAGUCUUGUGUGCCUUCAUCUAAUUCACCAGGAAGGGGAAGGGCGACCAGAGACAAAAUAGUCCAAAUUUCAGUCCUCCCAAUUGAUCUUUUUUUUUUUUUUUUUUAUGUUUUUAAAACUGACACCACUUGCAGGUUUUUUUCUUAUUUUAAAUUUUUUUUCUUACAAUGACAAUCAGGUUGACAAGCUGCAGUCAUAAAUUUGUGAAGGACCGACCCCGAGGCUGCUCCUCACUAACAGGUGUUCCCUGAUGUUUUGACCCAUGACGCCAUCACAGCUAAACAUAUAUAUCAUGUUGGUUUUUUAAAUCAAACCCGCAGGAAUAAUGACGCAUUCAUGCAUUUAUGUGGGACACUUGACUUUUAAGUUCCGUUUUACAGUCAGAGGUAGUAUAAUUUAUUGUUUUAUUUUUGUUUUUGUUUUUACUUGAUUUGAUGAAAUAGUCUUAGGUAAUCAUCGCAGUCUCUAAUGGCUUUUUUUGCUAUUGAAUAUUAUAAGAAAGAGAAAUGUUUCUGCUGGAAUUUUGGGUGUGAGCUAGCAUCAUCAAACUACAGUAUAUUUUAGCUUGAAGUUGACUUCAUAUUACGUUUGAGGCUUUGUGCUCUAGAGCACUUAAAUAAUUAACUUUCCUUUACUUCAUCGAUGGACUUGGAGAGGUUUUUAGAGUUGAGUUUAAAAAAAAAAAAUGUAAAUACUAUAAAAAAUCAUUUGCUAUUCAAUUAUUCUUUUUGAUUUUAAGAAUUGAUUUGUUUUAUCGGUAGUGUGGUUUUGAGUGUGUUUUAGGAUAAAGCAAUGCAUGCUAAUGCCACAGUCUUGAAUUGUAAAAUGCAAAAAAAUAUAAAAUAACAGUUGAUUGUA